AUGACCCAGUCGUGCUGCUCCCCUUGCUGUCAGCCUACGUGCUGCUGCAGGACCACCUGCUGCCGGACCACCUGCUGCCAGCCCACAUGCUGCGGGUCUAGUGGCUGUGGGUCCAGCUGCUGCCAGCCUUGCUGCCGCCCACCCUGCUGUCAGAUCACCUGCUGCAGGACCACCUGCUGCCGCCCCAGCUGCUGCGGGUCCAGUGGCUGUGGACAAAGCUGUUGUGGGUCCAGCUGCUGCCAGCCUUGCUGCCGCCCCACCUGCUGUCAGAUCACCUGCUGCAGGACCACCUGCUGCCAGCCCAGCUGCUGCGGGUCCAGUGGCUGUGGACAAAGCUGCUGUGGGUCCAGCUGCUGCCAGCCCAGCUGCUGUGAGUCCAGCUGCUGCCAGCCUUGCUGCCGCCCCACCUGCUGUCAGACCACCUGCUGCAGGACCACCUGCUGCCAGCCCAGCUGCUGCGACUCCUGCCAGCCCAUUUUCUGUACACCUGUGUACUGCACAAGAACCUGCUACCACCCCACCUGCUGCUGCCUGCCUGGGUGCCUAGCCCAGGGCUGUGGGUCCAGCUGCUGCCAGCCUUCCUGCUGCUGA